AUGACGACGCACAACAUCGCCGCCGCGCCGUCCGUGACGCUGGAGGAGUAUGCCGCGCUGCCCAAGCACCCCCGGCAUGAGCUGGUGAAAGGAGUCCUCGUUGAGCUGAUGGUCGCAUCCGAGGAACACGAACACACCGGUUCGCUAGUCAACUGGCGCUUGUCGGAGCAUGUUUUCCCCAACCGACUGGGCCGGGUGUACACGAGCAACCGGGGGUAUGUGACGGGUCCUGAUUCGCCAGUCACCUCGCGGAUGCCCGACAUUUCGUUUGUAUCAACUGAGCGAUUGGCCCGAUCCGAUCUGGCUGGAAUGCUUUACGACGGCGCGCCUGACCUCGCCGUGGAGAUUUUGUCGGACAGCAACACGCCCGCCGAGAUAGCGCAAAAGAUUGAGGAAUACAUUAACGCCGGCAGCAGGGCCGUUUGGGUGAUUGACAUCGACGCCCGCACGCUGACGGUGCACGCGGCCGGUGCGUCUCCACUGGUGCUAACAGACGCUGACGCCGUGGGCGGCGGGGACUACCUGCCCGGCUUCGCCUGCGCCGUGGCCGAUAUGCUGCCGGAGACAGGCUAA